AUUAUGAUUACCGGUUUUGAAUUCGCAUGUGGUCUUUCACACCAGUGAGGAAACGAUCACUUCGUUCUUGAAUUUGCAUUUCACUCGAUCGACGCCAGCGAACGGACCUAGUCAACGAAGAAACGAACUUUGAACUGCACACUUCUGUUUGAACUACGUAUGCGUAAUAUUUACCCGAGAAUACGCAUUUCGGUGCACUAGGUUGUCUCGAUUCAGAUUCACGAUGUUGUCUGAGGUUCAAAGUUUUUACUAUGGCAAAAAAAUAUUCAUCACUGGAGCGACUGGUUUUUUGGGACAAAUGCUAAUAUCAAAACUAUUGUGCUCAUGUCCUGAAAUAGACUGCAUUUAUAUAUUAAUCCGCGAAAAAUCUGGAAAAACCAUACAAGAUAGAAUUAAAGCUAUAUUCAAUCAUCCGAUCUUCGAACGUGCCAAAGAGUUACACCCUGACUAUGAAACCAAAGUUAAACCAAUACGAGGAGAUUGUUACGAAGAGUAUCUGGGUAUUUCAGAGAAAGAUCAGGCGAUUAUUGAAGAUGAAGUUGACAUUAUAUUUCAUAUUGCUUCCUUGGUAAACUUCAACGCUCCUUUACGAAGUGCAGGCUAUAUCAAUAUUAGAUCUCUCGAUAAUUUAUUCGAAAUCGCGAGAAAAAUGAUCAAGUUGAAGGCUUUCGUUUACGUUUCUACAGCAUAUUCGGCCUGCAUGGAAACGAAAUUCAUUCAAGAAGAAUUCUACGAGCCGCCUGUAAAACCUCGUAAAUUGUUGUCUCUCAUCGAACAUCUCGAUGAUGACGUUCUCGAUGAAGUCGCUCCAAGAUUGGCGAAAUCAUACCCCAACAGAUACGUGUUUACGAAAUUAAUCGCAGAAGACCUGUGUCGUGAAAACACUACCGAUUUACCUGUAUGCGUUUUCAGACCAGCUGGAGUGUUACCUUGCUUCAAAGAACCUCUACCUGGAUGGAUAAAUAAUUCUUACGGAGUGAUUGGAUUUUUCUUUGGUUUUGCACUCGGUAUUACAAAAGUUGCAUGCGUCAAUGAAUCAUGUAGAGCUUGUGUAGUUCCAGGAGAUUAUAGCACCAAUGCUUUAAUCCUAUCUGCAUAUCAUAUGAGUAAAUCCUGGAAAAAUAAAUCAGAAGAACACGAAUUCGAUACACCAAUAAUUAAUUACAGCAACUGCACCACUAACUUCAAAGUCACCUGGGGAAGUUUUCAAAGUGAAUCCAAUAGAGUUGUGAAAAAAUACCCUUUUUACAAUAUGGUCGCUCUGCCAAAUAUAUUAUUAGUUAAUAAUUACGUCAUGUAUCGUUUAUUCACCUUAGUAUUGCAUAUUCUUCCUGCCAUGGUAUUUGAUACAAUGUUACAAAUGAUUCGUCAAAAACCCAGAUUCCAAAAAAUAUAUCAAAAAGUGCACACAUUUCUGGAUGUCAUGGUGCCUUUCGCUACGCAAGAAUGGACUGUAACUAAUCGUAAUAUCAAGGAAAUAUGGAAUUCGUUGUCUAAAAAAGACCAAAAACUAUUUUACUGCAAUUUGGAUGAUUUAAAUAUAGAACAGUAUUUCGAUACGGUUGCUCGAGGUGUCCGUUUAUAUUUAGCCAAUGAGAAUGAAGAUAAUAUGACGAAAGCUAAAUUGAAACGUUGUGGGUUUCUUUUGAUGUAUUAUACUGUGGUUACACUCAUCGUUUGUGGAUUCUUUUACCUUCUAAGAAAGUUAUUUUUUGGAUAUUUAAUUAAUUUGUUUUAAAGUUACUUAAGUUAUGCUCACGCAAUGAAAUGUAUAAACAAUAAAAAAAUAAUGUUCACAAUAUGA